AUGGGGGAGCGGUCUCACGACGAUUUAGCUGUUACCGAGGGGGCGGUGGAAGAAGACUGCAAAACAUUACCAUUACGAGAUCGAUUCCUUAUUUCAGUUCCUCCUGAUGUCUCUGAUGUCGCUCAGACUGAUGUCGCUGAUACGGACACAUUAUUGAAUGCAAUACUAGAAUGUGGAGUGGGGAAGCCUCUGAACGAAUGGUUUAGAGACUACCUCACUUCUCGCUCCUAUAGGGUGAAAAUAGGUGACACGUUAAGUGAUAAGAAAAUGGUCAAUUGCGGGGUGCCUCAAGGUUCGGGAUGUGGUCCCGUCUGCUACCUGAUGCACGUAAACAGUUUAUGUGCUGUACUCAAACACUGCUCCACGCACAUGUACGCGGACGACCUGUGCGUGCUGCGAGCCGGUAUUGACUUAGUAGAGACCUGUCGCCUUGUGCAGCAAGAUGUAAAUGCCGUUGUCAAGUGGUCACAUGACAAUGGCAUAGUCCUCAAUUCUGAUAAAACACAAUUGUUAAUUAUACAUUCCCCACACUUACCUUUAACAGAGUCUCCUCCAUCAUUAGUUGCACAUUCUUUUGAUUGCUUUCAUAAUAACCUGGUUAACUGUGUUUGCAAACCAAUAGAACGAGUUAAAUGUACAACAUAUUUAGGUGUAAAAAUAGACGAAAAUUUCUCUUUUACUGAACAUGUAAAUUUUUUAUGUAAGAAACUUAGGAAUAUUCUUAGCAAAUUUUAUCAUCUUAGUUUUAGAGUCCCAAAAGGGACAUUAAAAUUACUUUAUAAUUCAUUAGUGGAACCAAUACUCGAUUAUGCUCUCGAUUGUUAUGGACUCACACAUAAAACCCAUAUUUCUAAACUGGAAAAUAUUCAACUAAGAUAUGUUAAAUUACUUGUGGAUAAAAAAAACAAAAUCAAAAUAUAAUCAGGACUCAUUCAAACUUUUUAAAAUAUGUAAAAUACUUCCUGUUAGUGUCAAACAUAAGUAUUUAAUUGCAGUUAACAAUCGUGAGCAUACUUCUUUUUUUAAAAAUAUAUGUAAUACCUACAAUACCCGAGCAAUGAUUGCAGGUAAAUAUAUGGUGCCCAGGGUACAUAAUAUAUACGGAGACCGAACUCUUAAAAAA